GAAAUAGACAGACGGUUGGAAAAAAAACUGAAGAUCACACAAAAGGAGAGCAGGAAAUCCAAAUCUCCUCCCAAAGUGCCCAUUGUGAUUCAAGACGAUAGCCUUCCCACGGGGCCCCCUCCACAGAUCCGAAUCCUCAAGAGGCCCACCAGCAACGGUGUGGUCAGCAGCCCCAACUCUACCAGCAGACCCACCCUUCCAGUCAAGUCCCUAGCACAGCGGGAGGCCGAGUACGCUGAAGCCCGGAAGCGGAUCCUGGGCAGCGCCAGCCCAGAAGAGGAGCAGGAAAAACCCAUCCUCGACAGGCCAACCAGGAUCUCCCAACCUGAAGACAGCAGGCAGACCAGUAAUGUGAUCAGACAGCCUUUGGGUCCUGAUGGGUCACAAGGCUUCAAACAGCGCAGAUAAAUGCAGGCAAGAAAAGAUGCCACUGCUGCCGCCAUUACCGCCUCCUGGGUCGUCUGCCAUGGGUCGCACUGCCAUGGCAGACAGCUGGACUUGAGCAGAGGGAACGACCUGACUUACUUGCACUGUGAUCCCCCUUGCUCCGCCCACUGUGACCUUGAACCCCAUGCACUGUGACCUCCCUCCUUCCCCCCCUUCCCACUGUGAUUGGCACAUCGACAAGGGCUGUCCCAAGUCAAUGGAAAGGGAAAGGGUGGGGUUUAGGGGAGGGUUGGGGGGACCCACCAAGGACUCAAGAGUAGAGUCAGACAGUGCCACUUGGCCACUUGGGGUAAAGCCAGUGCCAGCAAUAACAGUUUAUCAUGCUCAUUAAUUUGGAUUUCAAAACACAAAUGAGAACUCCCGCCCACCCCCAAGUGCGUCUUCAUCACUUUAAAAGUAAGUUCCGUUUGAAAAUAUCCUUUCCUUUUUAUUUUUCUUCCUAUUUUUGUGUUUUUACAAAUAUCUGAUUUGCAAGAAAAAGUGCAUGGGAGGGGUUUUAGCAGUUUAUUAAUUUUUAAUUGAGGAAGGGUAGUUUGGUAGUCUACUUAAAAAUGUUUCUGGGAAAUUUGCUAGAAACAUUAACCAAUAGGAUUUUGGUGAGCUUAGCUUCUGUAUUCCUACUGCCGCCCAGAAAAGGGGCAGGGUUGUGUAGCCCCAGGAUAGACAAGUGCCCCAUGCCUAUACUUCCCUCUUCCAGCUAAGUCCUGGGCAUCUUGGCCCUGCUUGGAGACAGGGCUAGCUCUGUAGGCUCAGAGAGCCUGAGGAGGGUGCCAGUCCCCCCUCUAGUAUUUUGGGAGAUGGGGAAAGUCACAGACUUCUCCCUCCCCCUGCUCUUCAGGGUGGUUCCCUGCCAGCCAGGCUUGCUAUUUCUAGAGGAGAGAGGAGAGGUAUCAGGGAAUAAGACUGCACUCCUGGGCUUAGAAGCAAGCGGUGUGAGGCUUAUUCAGUGUCUGCUGUCAGCACAAGACCAGGAGAGAGUCUGGAUCCAAGACUCCAGGCCUUCUGCCUAGUGUGGCCGAAGGUAGACAGACCUCCCCACUCCAGCAAGGCUGGAACUCUCGGGGUCUGUGGCGCUCCAUCCAUUGAUGACCCCAGCUCAGUAACUGUACUGGCACAUUUCCUGUGAGAAAUCAGUACUUUGGGAGCAGACCAGUCUGAAUGAAGUUGG